GGAGCUCCGAACCGCGGCUCGCUCCCGUCUUCGGCUCGUUAUCAGAAGCAGCGACGCGGAGAAACAGCCCUGAAGGGAGAGCGCUAUGAAGCCGUACGCUCCAGCUUUCAUUCUCCUGUGGAGUGCUGUCGGGAUAGCGAGGGCUGCCAAAAUCGUUGUUGUGCCGCCAAUUAUGUUUGAAAGCCAUCUUUAUAUUUUCAAGACUCUGGCCUCAGCCUUGCAUGACCAAGGUCACCAGACAGUGUUUCUCCUCUCUGAGGGCAGAGAGAUUCCUCCAUCUAAUCACUAUAGACUUCAGCGCUACCCAGGGAUCUUUAACAGCACCACCUCAGAUGAUUUUCUCCAGUGCAAGAUGAGGAGUAUCUUCUCGGGGAGACUGACAGCCCUCGAACUGUUCGAUAUCCUGGACCACUAUUCCAAGAACUGCGACAUGAUCGUUGGCAACCAAAACCUCAUGCGUGCCCUGAAACAGGAAAAAUUUGACCUGCUCCUGGUAGAUCCCAAUGAGAUGUGUGGAUUUGUUAUAGCUCAUCUUUUAGGGGUUAAAUAUGCUGUCUUUUCCACUGGCCUCUGGUAUCCAGCAGAAGUAGGUGCUCCAGCUCCCCUGUCUUACGUUCCAGAAUUUAACUCGCUGCUCACAGAUCACAUGAACCUAUUUGAGAGGAUUAAAAAUACUGUUGUUUAUCUUAUUUCAAGAUUUGGAGUCAGUUUUUUGGUUCUGCCAAAAUAUGAAAGGAUAAUGCAGAAAUACAAGGUUCUGCCAGAACGGUCCAUGUAUGACUUGGUUCAUGGAUCCAGCCUGUGGAUGCUUUGUACUGAUGUAGCGCUGGAGUUUCCAAGACCUACGCUACCCAAUGUUGUUUAUGUGGGAGGAAUCCUAACCAAACCGGCCAGCCCUCUGCCAGAAGAUCUCCAAACGUGGGUGAAUGGUGCUAAUGAAAAUGGCUUUGUCCUCGUCUCAUUUGGAGCUGGAGUGAAAUACCUGUCAGAAGAUAUAGCAAAUAAGUUGGCACAUGCUCUGGCAAGACUGCCUCAGAGAGUUAUUUGGAGGUUUUCAGGAAACAAACCAAGGAACUUGGGCAACAAUACAAAGCUUAUAGAAUGGCUCCCACAAAACGAUCUCCUUGGUCACCCUAACAUUAAAGCUUUUCUUAGUCAUGGAGGUUUGAACAGCAUUUUUGAAACCAUGUACCAUGGGGUCCCGGUGGUGGGGAUUCCCCUUUUUGGAGACCAUUACGAUACUAUGACUCGUGUGCAGGCCAAAGGCAUGGGAAUACUGUUGAACUGGAAGACCAUCACUGAGAGCGAAUUGUAUGAAGCCCUAGUAAAAGUUAUUAAUGAUCCCAGCUACCGACAGCGGGCCCAGAGGCUGUCUGAGAUUCACAAAGACCAACCUGGUCAUCCUGUUAACCGGACUGUAUACUGGAUUAAUUACAUCCUCCGUCACAACGGAGCCCAACAUCUACGUGCUGCUGUUUACAGCAUCUCUUUAUAUCAGUAUUUCUUACUGGAUAUUGCCUUUGUUGUACUAGUGGGUGCUGCCUUACUUUAUUAUAUUUUGGCCAGGAUAACAAAAUUUAUCUGCAAACAAAGCAAACAUCUUUGGUCAAAUGACGAACAUAGCGCUGUUAAUGGACAUUACCAGAAUGGGAUACCGAAUGGCAAGUAUAGAAGAAAUGGCCACAUUAAGCAUGAAAAAAAGGUGAAAUGAGCCAGCCGCCCCAUGUAAAGUAGUAAUGAAUCAGAUCAGUAAUCGACUUUUAUCGCUGUAACUUAGUCUAACAACUACUUAAAACCUCAAUAAGCAGUUCUAACACUCCCCUUCAGUAUGUAAUAUUAUGUGACAAAAUUCUACGAAACUAAGAAAAGUCUUUAAAAAAAAAAAAAAGGCAAGCACAACCUAAAAUGGAAAAUAUUUUAUUCUUAAUACUGAUGCAGAGAGGUUAUUUUGGCACUGAAGUUUUUAGAAGCCUUAAUUCUCUAAAGUUAUACAGUGACCGUAUUUAUGAAUUUUCAGUUUUUAAAAGCUAAAUGUGUAUGUCCCAAAUGAGGAGAGGUUUCUUUUUAUUUGCAGAGGUUUUUUCCUUUUAUUUUUUUAUUAUUUUAAUAUAUCCAUCUUUUAGCUGAGAGAACUUUAGUGCUAGUUCUGUGUUUCCUUUGUUGAGGGUUCAACAUGUUGUGUAAGAAUGCUGGUCAAAAAAAAUAAUUUUUCCCAGUCUUUGUGCAAGAAAUAGCAAGUUGAGGACUGAGAACACAGACAUUAAAAAAAAACCACACCAAAAAAAACCAAACCAAAAAACAAACUUAAAAUGAGCACUGAAGAAAAAUGGCAAAAAUAUUUACUCGUUUUACUGAUAAGCUGCAUGACUUUUCUGCUCACUACCAGUACUUUGGAGAAAAAGGUCUUGAGCAAGUCUACAAUAUGUCCUAGUUUCUAAUUUAUACAACAUUUUAUUUGUUGCCUUUCUCUGCAUAUAUAAUUUAUGCCAUGAAAAUAUUAGGGAGUUUAUUUCAGUUUAAAAUAUGGCUGUGUGGGAAGUAGAUUUGCAUAAUUAAGAAAAAUAAACAAACAACAACAAC